AUGGAGGAGUUGAGGGACAGUCGGCCCAAUAUGUCAAGACCUCUGAUCACUAGAUCCCCUGCAUCUCCAUUGAACAAUCAAGGCAUCCCCACUCCAGCACAGCUCACAAAAUCCAACGCACCAGUUCACAUUGAUGUGGGUGGGCACAUGUAUACCAGCAGCUUGGCCACGCUUACAAAAUACCCCGAUUCCAGAAUUGGCCGGCUUUUUGAUGGCACGGAGCCCAUUGUCCUCGACAGUCUCAAGCAGCAUUAUUUCAUCGACAGAGAUGGGCAGAUGUUCAGAUAUAUCUUGAAUUUCUUAAGGACAUCAAAACUCCUCAUUCCUGAUGAUUUCAAGGACUACAGCUUGUUAUAUGAAGAAGCAAAGUAUUUCCAGCUUCAGCCCAUGCUAGGAGAGAUGGAACGGUGGAAACAGGACCGGGAGAGUGGCCGCUUCUCCAAGUCUUGCGAGUGCCUGGUGGUGCGAGUUGCGCCAGAUCUCGGCGAGAGGAUUACACUGAGUGGAGAUAAGUCCUUGAUAGAGGAGGUGUUCCCAGAGAUUGGUGAUGUGAUGUGCAAUUCUGUCAACGCCGGCUGGAACCACGACUCUACGCAUGUCAUCCGAUUCCCACUGAAUGGAUACUGUCACCUCAACUCAGUUCAGGUACUUGAGAGGUUACAGCAAAGAGGGUUUGAGAUUGUUGGCUCAUGUGGAGGUGGGGUGGACUCUUCCCAAUUCAGUGAAUACGUACUGAGACGAGAACUCAGAAGGACAUCUCGUGCACCCUCUGUCAUUCGAAUAAAGCAAGAGCCUCUGGACUAAAAUGGACAUGUUUCUUUAUGCAAAAAAAAAAAAAAAAGAAAACAAAGAGAAAAAAAAAAGGGGGACAGUUCAUGUGCAGUUUGGACUCCAAACAAGUCCUGGAACUAAAAUUGAAUAAAAGACACAUUUAUAUCAAAUA